AUGCCUGAUAACACAGAUCAAACACAAGUUACUAAUCAACCCACUGCUGAAAACACUAGCAGUGUCACUGGAAAUGGAAUCAACUCUAAUCACCCUUACUUUUUUCACUCAUCUGACUCUCCUGGGAUGAGUAUAGUUAACACCCCUUUUGAUGGAAAGGGUUAUCAAGGAUGGAAGAGAACUGUUCUUAUUGCACUAUCUGCAAAGAACAAACAAGGUUUUAUUUCAGGAGCACAUCCUUUUCCAAAGGAAGGUUCUGAGGAUUUCACUCUUGGAACAGAUGGAAAUUCUAAUAUUGCAGGAUAUUUCACCAAACUUAAGAGGUUGUGGGAUGAGUUGGACUCUCUUAAUGUUCACAUGAUUUGUAGUUGUAUCUGCAUAUGUGAAGGAAAGGAGAAACUGAAAAAGUCUCUUGAAGAUGGAAGGCUCAUGCAAUUUCUUAUGGGGUUAAAUGAUGUUUUCUCUCAAGCAAGAGGAAACAUCUUAAUGAUGAGUCCUCUUCCCAACAACAACCAUGCUUACUCUCUGAUUCUUCAAGAUGAAAAUCAGAGGGAAAUCUAUGCUAAUCCCCUUAUUUCAUCUGAUUUUUCUUCCUUUAUGGUAGGAAGUUCAUCUCAAGCUCAAUUCAGAAAUGGAAAACAGCUACAAAAAAGAUUGAAUGGAUUUCCAGAUGAUUUCCAGUUCACAAACACCAAAACACCUCAAGGACCUGUUAGAGGAAAUGGUGUAAUAUCAGUGGAGGAAAGUGAGGUAUCAACAAAUGCUGACAGUGAUAUAAGUUUCAUUAACCAGCAUCUGAACAAGGAGACUGCUUUACAAAUUGUUCAGAUACUCAAACAAGUUCAACUGGGUGACAAAACAGGUUCAGGAUCAGAAAUAAAUGCUAUUGCUAUUGUUGAUCCUUUUAUGAAGAGUCCUCAAGCUUUUGGUGAAUCAAGGGAAGCCUUAUAUCUACCCCAGCCUAGAGCCAAGAGUCCUAGUAUUCAGAGUUCUAGUGUUUUAUCUCAAAGAAAUGUUUCUUCAGUUAGUAGUAAUCAAAGUAGUAGUAAUGAUGUUUCUAUUUCUAGUCCAGUUUCUGUUUCAUUUCGUGUUUCUGCAAGUGCAACUUCUGAUGUAAAACUUUGGCACAUUAGAUUGGGGCAUUUGCCUUUUUCAUCAAUGAAGAAUUUCAAUUUUAUCCCUAAAUCUUCAGUUUCUGAUUAUUUUUGUGAUGUAUGUCCUCUUGCUAAGUAA